GGGUGGUGGGGUAGGGCCUCAUGACCACAGUGAAGACAUGGACUGUUCUUUGAUUCUGGCUGAAUGGGGAACGUUUGGAGGGCUUUGAGCAGAGGAGUGGCAUGGUCUGCAUUAGGUUUGAUGGGAUAUCUUUGGCUGCUGUACUGAAGACAGAUUGGAGGCGUUGGGAGUCGGGGCAAGGGCAGAAGCAGGGAGACCAGGAGGCCAGGGUGCCGCAGCGUCCAGUGGUCACUGGUGGUGGCGGCUUGCACCUGAGUGGAAGCUGUGGUGGUGGCAAGAAAUGCAUCCAGCAUGUGUAUGGUGCCCAGCACCCCCCCUUUGAUCCACUGUUACAUGGCACUUUGCUCAGGUCCACGGCCAAGAUGCCGACCACACCAGUGAAGGCCAAGAGGGUCAGCACCUUCCAGGAGUUUGAGAGCAAUACCAGCGAUGCCUGGGACGCUGGGGAGGACGACGAUGAGCUCCUGGCCAUGGCGGCGGAGAGCCUGAACUCUGAGGUGGUAAUGGAGACGGCCAACCGUGUGCUGCGUAACCACAGCCAGCGCCAGGGGCGGCCCACGCUGCAGGAGGGGCCAGGGCUUCAGCAGAAGCCCAGGCCCGAGGCAGAGCCGCCCUCACCCCCCAGCGGCGACCUCCGGCUGGUGAAGUCUGUCAGUGAGAGCCACACGUCCUGUCCUGCAGAAAGUGCCAGCAAUGCCGCCCCUCUGCAGAGGUCCCAGUCUCUCCCACACUCGGCCACCGUCACGCUGGGUGGCGCAUCCGACCCCAGCACCCUCAGCAGCUCAGCGCUGAGCGAAAGAGAGGCCUCCCGGCUCGACAAGUUCAAGCAGCUGCUUGCCGGCCCCAACACGGACCUUGAGGAAUUACGGAGGUUGAGCUGGUCCGGAAUCCCUAAGCCAGUGCGUCCAAUGACGUGGAAGCUCCUCUCAGGUUACCUUCCCGCCAAUGUAGACCGGAGACCAGCCACUCUUCAGAGAAAGCAAAAAGAAUAUUUUGCAUUUAUUGAGCACUAUUACGAUUCUAGGAAUGACGAAGUUCACCAGGACACAUACAGGCAGAUCCACAUAGACAUCCCUCGAAUGAGCCCUGAAGCGUUGAUCCUGCAGCCCAAGGUGACGGAGAUUUUUGAAAGGAUCUUGUUCAUAUGGGCGAUCCGCCACCCAGCCAGUGGAUACGUUCAGGGGAUAAAUGAUCUCGUCACUCCUUUCUUUGUGGUCUUCAUUUGUGAAUACAUAGAGGCAGAGGAGGUGGACACGGUGGACGUCUCCGGCGUGCCGGCAGAGGUGCUGCGCAACAUCGAGGCCGACACCUACUGGUGCAUGAGCAAGCUGCUGGAUGGCAUUCAGGACAACUACACCUUUGCCCAACCUGGGAUUCAAAUGAAAGUGAAAAUGUUAGAAGAACUCGUGAGCCGGAUUGAUGAGCAAGUGCACCGGCACCUGGACCAACACGAAGUGAGAUACCUGCAGUUUGCCUUCCGCUGGAUGAACAACCUGCUGAUGAGGGAGGUGCCCCUGCGUUGUACCAUCCGCCUGUGGGACACCUACCAGUCUGAACCGGACGGCUUUUCUCAUUUCCACUUGUACGUGUGCGCUGCUUUUCUUGUGAGAUGGAGGAAGGAAAUACUAGAAGAAAAAGAUUUUCAAGAGCUGCUGCUCUUCCUCCAGAACCUGCCCACAGCCCACUGGGAUGAUGAGGACAUCAGCCUGUUGCUGGCCGAGGCCUACCGCCUCAAGUUUGCCUUCGCCGACGCCCCCAAUCACUACAAGAAAUGAGCCCAGGCCCACCCGCAGCUGGCCUCACUGUCCUGGGUGGCGCGCCCCACCUGCCUGGCUGGUGGUAGGCCCCUGUGAGCUAGUCCCGGGCUGCUAAAAGGCCUUGUGAGGGGGCCCCACCCUCCAGGGGAGCUGGUGAAGAUGGGCCCCAGACCUGGUCUAGGGCUGACAAAGACAGGGACAGCCUCUGUUUUCUGAGAUACCAAAGAGAGCCAGGGGAGGGCCCCGGCUUCGGCGGCCAGAGGCAGGUCAGGGGUCCCCUCUCCCUCUCCCUGCAAUGUCCUUGCCAAAUGACUGCCUCCUGCCGCCCCUAGUCCGGGGCAGCCUAGGAGGCCGACCCUCUUGGGAGUCCUGCUGUCUGGGUGCCAGGGCCGGAACGAGGUAGUGGCCAUCUCAUACCUACUCUGAAAUGCAAAACUUCUAUUCUGUUGAGUGAAAGAAUAAAAUGUAGACAAAAUCUAGACCGAGACGUUGCGCUGACCCGGGGUCUCUGUGCCGCGAGGUCCCCUCACAGCCGUAUUUCACUGCUGCUGGCCCUUUCCCUCCGUGUGUUUUCCUGCUUGCUUGGUUUAAACGUGGCUGGGAAGCUGAAGGCUGGAGUCCAAGCCGUGAGCCCGCCGAGUGCCUGGGAGGCCGUGGGACCAAAGGCUGGGAGCAGAGGGAGGCCUCGCCAUCGCCUUACUUUCCACCUUGAACCUCUUUUACAAGAGAGAACCCCCCACCUCCCUGAGGUCCAGGGCCAAGUGGCCCCGCCACGCAGGUAGGCGCCAGCCUCAGCCAGAGCCCCUGGAGGCCCACCCAGGCUGUCGGGCCAUGUUGGGCUGGCAGACGGGCAGGGGCUCGCGGCCCUGUCAUCAAAGCCCUGAACCACAGUGCUCUUCUCACCACAGCCUGGAAGCGGAAUGAGCUUUUGGAGGCUUCCUGGGACUUGCUGUCCUUGUCCAGGUCUGCCAGGUGUAGGGGAGGUGUGACUGGUUCCGUCGUGGACCGGUUCCUCCGUGGACCAGUUCCGCCGCGGACCACUUCUGCCCUGGACCGGUUCUGCCCUGGACUGGUUCUGCCCUGGACUGGUUCCACCAUGGACCAGUUCUGCCGUGGACUGGUUCCCGCCAUGGACCAGUUCCCGCUGUAUACUGGUUCUGUCCUGGACUGGUUCCCGCUGUGGACUGGUUCCUUGGGGCUCUAAGCGUGGAAGGGCCCAGAGCUGGUCCCUGCCCAGCGCCCUGCUAGGGCUGUGUCCGUGGUUCCAGGGGCCUUGGGACUGGCUUCCCAGCAUUCCCUCGGUGUGUCACAGGCUGCAUGACCCCUGGAAUGUGGGCAGGGCCACAGCCACAGUCUGUCUGAUCCCUGAGCCCAGGACAGGCUCAUGUCCUCAGCGACCCACUGGUGACUGACUUCUCAGACUCUCCUCUGUCCCUCAGGAGCAGCCGUGUCCUCUCCCAGGCCCUAGGACACUGCCGGAGACUGUGGGACAUACAGGCAUAAGUGAUGUGUGUGUUUCUGCUUCUGUUUUAAAAAUCCAGCAUGGAACACACAGCAUGGAAAACACACAGCAUGGAAAUUAGCACAAAAUGCUGUGCAAACGUCAGAUGCUCCCAAACCAGCAAAGGGAUGGGCUUGCUUCAGAUCAGAUGCGGGCACGCCUUACCCCUGCCUUCUGUGUCCCCACCCCAGGGUCAAGGGUUCCUCAGACCAGCCAUGCCUCCUCCUCCUGCCGCCUCCUUUUCUAGAUGGGGAGGGGAUUCCGUCACAAGGAGAGCCUCCCCUCGGCCGUGUGCAGGAAGCCCCAUGGCCAUGUGCAGGAAGCCCCAUGUCGCUUUGCCGAGAUCAGCCCUGGGAGGAUCCCUUCUCUAGCUCAGAUCAUGCUGUGUGGCCAGAAGGCUGUGGACACAACUGACCUGCUUCUUGAGGUGGUUUAUGUUUUAAACAGGAAGCUCCACGGAGUUCAGCCCUGUGUGCAUUUCCUCAUAUAUGUAAACGCCAAGACUGAAUGUGAGGGGUGUCGACCGUGGGCCUUAAGUCUGAGCAGAUCCAUCUGGAAUGUUCGGGGUGUGCUGUCUGGAUGUGGUGUGCUAAAAACACGGAAUAAAGAUCAGUGACAAA